AUGCUAUCUUAUUCGUCGCCUUCAUUUUCUUACGUAAUUUUGGUGAUUUUGUUCGGCGUGGUUUUUGUUGCAAAUGCACAAAUUCCACAAAAACCAGCGGAUGAUUCAUUUGAUUUGGUCGAUUCAAAUAAUGAUGGAAAGUUGUCCGAAAAUGAAUUAGUCACUUUUAUGAGAAAACGAGGAAGAAGAGAUGGAAAAGGUAUACGGUAGUUUUUGAAGGAAUACAAAUUUUAGAUGUUUGUAAAGUUGAGAAUGUUUCUACAUUUUUUGAAAUUUUUGAAAAAAGUUUCAUAAUAAGAAAACAUGAGAAUUCCAAAUAAAUGGUUUUCAGACACAUUUUUUUUCUAUAGUAAAAGUUCCAUCAAUGAUUCUAAUUUUUCAAAAAAAAAUUUAUAAUUCGAAAAAAAUCUGGAAUUAAUUCCCAAAUCUCCACAGAGUUCACGUUUAAAAAAUUGUUUUUUUUUUCAAAAUUUUCAUUUUCAAGAAAAUCUAGAUUUGUCGCUUUUUUUUAAAUUAGAUAUUCCGUAAUUUCAAGUUAAAAUACCAAAAACUAUAUCAAAAUGUUUCCAGAAUUCUUUGCUCGCUUCGAUUUGGAUCGUAAUGGACAUCUUGAUAUUUCUGAAUUUGUGCCAUUAGUUUAUGAAAUGAGCCGUAGACCAGUUGAUUUGGAUUAUGAAUUCUACAAAAAAAUGGAUCUGAAUGACGAUGGAAUUGUUGACAAAAACGAAGUUCAAAAAUUAAGACAAGAAAGCAAUGAUCGAAUUAUUGAUGGAAUUCUAGCAAUUGCUGAUAUUAACAGAGAUGGACAAUUAACAUAUGAAGAAUUCAAAGGACAUUUAUCUGGAGAACAACCAAAACCAGUAAAUGAGCAAAGAGAUACUGCAAAUCAAUUGUUGGCUUUUAUUGAUUAUAAUGGAGAUAAUAGAUUAGACAAAUUGGAACUCUUCAAUUUUUCACAAAAAACAUCGACAAACAAAGUGUCAAAAAAUGAAGUUGAUGAAAUAUUCGAAAUGUUGGAUAAGAAUUCCGAUGGAUUUUUGGAGCAAAACGAAUUGAUUCAAUUGGCUCAACAAUUCUCGACUCUUACUAAAUCAAUCCCAAGAGUUUAG